AUGAUAGCGGUCGGACAGAUGGACGGGAGCCGGCAGAGCGCGUUCGUGCUGAGCAGUCCGCCGUUAGCGGCCCUGCAUUCAAUGACCGAGAUGAAGAACCCCUUGUACCCUUACUCCAUGCAGCCCGGAGCCGGGACGGGGGCCGGGGCAUCAUCCACUUCAUCGUCCCCUAGCCCGCCAGGUAUCAUCAGUGCAGCGACCACCGCGGCGGCGGCGGCGGCGGCGACGGGGCUCAAGUGCACGUCCAGCUUGCCCGGUUUCAUGACACAGCAGCUGUCCUCCGCCACUCCCCACGGCAUCAACGACAUCCUGAACCGUCCGCUGAUGCUGCCGGGCGGGGGAGGCGGAGGCGGAGGAGGCGGCGGCGGCGGAGGAGGUGGUGGUGCAGGAGGAGGAGGGGUCGCUUCGACUUUGCUUUCGGGAAUCCCGCGAUUUAACACCAGCCUGAGUCCGCCGCCACCGGGUAUGUACUUCAGCCCGGCGGCGGCGGCGGCGGCAGCGGCGGCGGCGGCAGCUGUGGCCCGUUACCCCAAGCCGCUGGCUGAGUUGCCGGGGAGGACUCCUAUCUUCUGGCCCGGAGUCAUGCAGAGUCCGCCGUGGAGGGAAGCCAGGCUGGGCUGUUCACCCCAUCAGGGUGCCAUGCUGAUUGACAAAGACGGAAAGAGGAAACACACCAGGCCUACGUUCUCGGGACAACAAAUUUUUGCAUUGGAAAAAACUUUUGAACAAACUAAAUAUUUAGCAGGGCCUGAAAGGGCGAGACUGGCGUAUUCACUCGGGAUGACGGAGAGUCAAGUCAAGGUCUGGUUUCAGAACAGACGGACGAAAUGGAGGAAGAAACACGCGGCAGAAAUGGCUACAGCCAAGAAAAAGCAGGACUCGGAGACAGAGAGAUUAAAAGGCGCCUCGGAGAAUGAUGAAGACGAUGAUGAUUACAACAAGCCCCUGGAUCCCAAUUCCGACGACGAAAAGAUUUCCCAGUUACUAAAGAAACACAAACCCACUACAUUGCACGUCCAUACAAGUGAAAACGAGAGCUCCUAA